UGGCUGGUUUCCACCCCGCCUGGCGUGAUUCACGAUGACGCUGGCCGGAGGAGAGUGCCGAAGAGACUUGAGUUGACGUCACGAGUGUGGAGGAGGGAGGAUGUGGAUGCGGCGUGAAGACGGCAGUCUCCUAACCGUGCCAGCCGAGCGCCCAGGCGUACCAUGCUAACUGCCUCGAUAAAGAGGGUGCAGAAGAAAAAGGAGAAGAGGAGGAGGAGAAAGAACUGCUGCUUUCCUGCUGGUAAUCUUCUUCCUUUUUUUGCCCCCUCAGUGCAGUGUGACGUGCACUCCCAUCUCGAUCCCACAAACCCCUACUCCCCGCCUCUUCCGCUCAUGCACUGCUGCAGCUGAAUGAAAGUCAUGAUCCUGACGCCGGCGGCGGCGGCGGCGGCGGCGGCAGCCAUGAGCGGCCUCAACUCCUCCUCCGUGGACCCCGUGGACGCAUCCACAUCAUUGUCGCCGUCGUCCUCGUGGGGCCUCUCGGAGGAGCUGUCCAACUCUUCCUGGGAGCCGGCGGUGCGGAUGACCCCCGAGCUGCAGCCGGCUGCGCCGGAGGUGAGCCUGUGGCACAUGGCGCUGUGUGUGACGGGGACACUCAUCUCCUGCGAGAAUGCGCUGGUCAUCGCGGUGCUUUUCUACACGCCGACGCUGAGGGCGCCCAUGUUCGUUCUGAUCGGCUCGCUGGCGGCGGCGGACCUGCUGGCGGGUCUGGGCCUCGUCUUGAACUUCGUCUUCACCUACUUGGCGGCCGGCUCGCCGGAGCCCGUGAGCCUCCUGUCGGCGGCACUGCUGGUCUCGGCCUUCUCGGCCUCCGUCCUCAACAUCCUGGCCAUCACGGUGGACCGCUACCUGUCGCUGUACAACGCACUGACCUACCACACCGAGCGGACGCUGACGUUCACCUACGUGAUGGUGCUCUUCAUCUGGCUGUCGUGCGUGACACUGGGCCUGCUGCCGGCGCUGGGCUGGAACUGCCUGCGAGACGAGUCAGCGUGCAGCAUCUGCAAGCCGGUCACCAAAAGCAACGCGGUGGCGCUCGCUGUCGCCUUUCUGCUGGUCUUCGCCCUCAUGAUGCAGCUCUACCUGCAGAUCUGCAAGAUCGCCUUCCGCCACGCGCAGCAGAUCGCGGUGCAGCACCAGUUCCUGGCCAUCUCCACCACCAAGGGCGUCUCCACGCUAUCGGCCAUCCUGUGCGCCUUCGGGGCGUGCUGGCUGCCGUUCGCCAUGUACUCCAUCGUGGCGGACUCCAGCUACCCGGCAGUCUACACCUACGCGACGGUGCUUCCCGCCACCUGCGGCUCCGUCAUCAACCCCGUCAUUUACGCCUUCCGAAACCCGGACAUCCAGAAGUCGCUGUGGAUGGCCUGCUGCGGCUGCGUCCCUUCCAACCUCUUGCUCAGACCGCGGGCCUCCAGUGACGUGUAG